AUGCAGUAUGUCUGGUGCUAUCAGUGUGCUAGGUGGUGGUUCGUCUCUGCAGAGUCGCAAUUCUGUCCGAACUGCCGCGACGCCUCCUUCAAUCCGCUGAAUCUGAUAGUCCUCCGGGGGCCACGGGGCUACCAGUUCUACUACGACGACGGGUCGGGAACAAGGAUCCGGGCUCUGCCUUCCUCCGUUUCGGAGUCAUUGGUCGGGCCCGGCUCCGAGGCGACGCUGGAGGGCGUCCUGGAGAUCGGAUUCAGCCUGCUGGCCGGGCCGGAGAAUCCGCCUGCCAGCAAGCGUGCUGUGGCGUCCCUGCCCACGGUGCGGAUCCAGGCCUGCCACGUGGACGUCUGCGCCGUGUGCACGGACGCCUUGGAGGUCGGGUCGGAGGCCCGCGAGAUGCCGUGCAAGCACCUCUACCACGACGGCUGCAUAUUCCCGUGGCUCAGUCUCCACAACUCGUGCCCGAUUUGCCGCCACGAGUUGCCGGGCGGCGUGGGGCUUUCGAUCUCGCGGUUGUCCGACGGCGGAUUCACAGUUGGGAGGUUCGUCGAGGGUGAGGAGUCGGUGGUGGGUCUCGUCUACACCGGCGGCACGUUGAGGGCAAUUGAGUUGUGGCGGAUGAUACCGCCACCGAGGGACGGUGCUUUCCGGCGAUUUUUCGGUAAAUUGGGAUCGGUUUUUCGGAGGCGGCGGUCGGGUUCGGGUCGGAGCCCGAGUCUUCAGGAGUCGGGUUCAGGUUAA